UCCUGUGAAACCUGCCUUGUUGAGUCGCCUGAGCUAAUAUUGUAAUGAAGACAAUGGAGUAGACGUUUUUAUAACAGAGAGCACCUGAGUUUUUUAAAAAUAUGGGGAAGAAACACAAAAAACACAAGCCAGAAUGGAGGACAGUUGAUGAUUAUGAGGACAAACCUCUAGAAAAGCCCCUGAAGCUGGUCCUCAAAGUAGGAGGAAGCGAGGUCACAGAACUCUCAGGCUCAGGGCACGACUCCAGUUACUACGACGACAGAUCUGACCACGAGCGAGAGCGCCACAAGGAGAAGAAGAAGAAGAAAAAGAAGAAAUCGGAAAAGGAUAAAGACAAGCAUGCGGAUGAUGAGGAGAGGAGGAGAAGGAAGGAAGAGAAGAAGAAGAAGCGAGAGAGAGAGCAGUGUGAGACAGAGGCUGCUGCUGUGCCAGUAGAUCCUUUCACGUUGCCAAAAAAUGUGGAGCAGGUGGAGGAGAAGAAGCGGAAGAGGGAGAAGUGUGAAGCAGAUGCAGAACUGGACGAGUUCCACCCCGGGGUGAAGGUGGAGGUGGAGCAGCCGCAGGUGGACCGACCUGUCCGGGCCUGCCGGACUCAGCAGGAGAAUGAGUGCACCCCACGGCAGCAGCUCUUGGAACACUUCCUCCGUCAGCUACAGAGGAAGGACCCUCAUGGCUUCUUUGCCUUCCCGGUGACGGAUGCCAUUGCUCCUGGUUACUCCGUGAUCAUCAAACAUCCCAUGGAUUUCAGCACCAUGAAGGACAAGAUUACAACCAAUGAGUACAAAACUGUCACUGAAUUCAAGGCAGACUUUAAGCUGAUGUGUGACAAUGCCAUGGUGUACAACCGGCCUGAGACGGUCUACUACAAGGCAGCCAAAAAACUGCUCCAUACUGGCUUUAAGAUGAUGAGCAAAGAGCGGCUGUUAGCUCUGAAGCGCAGCAUGUCUUUCAUGCAGGACAUGGAUUUUUCUCAGCAGGCGGCCAUUUUGGGCGACGAGGACGUUGCCUCUGAGGAGCCCCCUCCUGAAGUCAUCCCCGUGCCUGUCGAGUCUGCUAAAAAGUCCAAAAAACAACCUGUCAUGAAGGAAGUCAUCAGUUACCUUUAUGAGCCUGAGGGGAACGCCUGCAGUCUGACUGACAGCACGGCAGAGGAGCAUGUCCUGGCCUUGGUGGAGCACGCGGCCGAUGAGGCCCGCGAUCGUAUCAACCGCUUUAUGCCCGACUCCAAGAUUGGCUACCUGAGAAAGGAGCCAGAUGGCUCUCUGGUCUACACGGUGGUAAACCAGCAGGACCCAGACGCAGAAGAGGAGGAAACUCACCCUGUGGAUUUGAGCUCUUUGUCCACAAAGCUCUUGCCCGGUCUAACUACCUUGGGCUUCAAAGAUGACAGAAGACACAAAGUAACGUUCUUGAACAGCGCAUACAACACACAGUCCCUGCAAAACAACACCGUAUACCCAGACCUGCUUCCUGAGGAGAUGGACCUGUUGUAUUCUGCCUAUGGAGAUGAAACGGGGGUGCAAUGUGCACUCAGCCUGCAGGAGUUUGUGAAAGGCUGUGGGGCUUUCACCAAGAAGCUAGUGGACGGACUGCUGGACAAGAUGACAGGGGGCGAUCAUUCCAAAGCCAUCUUCCAGAUACGACAGAAAAGGAACAUAGCAAUGAAACCUGAUGAGAUGAAGUCCAGUCUAUGUGAUAUGCAGGUGGGAGAUGGGAGUGGCAUGUCGGGAGAGAACAGUUCUGUUCUGGAUUUCAUGUCCAUGAAGACCUACUCAGACAUGUCACUGGACAUGUCACUGCUGAACAAUCUGGGUAAAACAGUGAAGAAAGAAUCGGAGCAUGACGAGGGACACCUGCACUUCGAUGAAACAGCCAAACUGCUGCAAGACCUUCAGGAGGCCCAGGUGGAUAGGGUGGGGUCACGACCCUCAUCCAACCUCUCCUCGCUGUCCAACGCAUCGGAGAGGGACCAGCACCAUCUAGGGAGCCCAUCCCAUCUGGGUGUUGGGGAGCAGUCUGAAAUGGUUCACGACCCAUAUGAGUUUCUUCAGUCUCCAGAGCCAGGGUCUACUGCCAACAGCUGAUUUCUCUCACCCCACCCCCGGCCUGUCACUGUGUCAACUGUCUUGAUGGGAAAGUGAGGCAUUGUGAACCUCAUAAUGGGUGGAGCUACCGUGCGCUGUCAGUUACCGACUCAUAUGAACCAAUCAAAAGACUUUGUUCUCCACAGCACCCCACUGUGGUUUGUUCAAACCAGUGAGUCUCCCACAAUACAUGACAGCUCCUCAAAGCAUAUCCCUCCCAUCGCUAGUCAGCAAACUGUACAUCCGUGAUGUAACUGCAUGCCAUUUGUAGAAAAGAACCUGAACCAGUCAUGUUGUGAAAGCUGAUGUGU